AUGUUACCAAGACUUGGAAAAGUACUUGCUCAACCUACAAGAAAUGCCAGUUUCAGAUCGAUCAUUCAAGCGAGUCAAACCUCUCUCAAAAAAGCUGCUGUUGCUCCAGCUUUAGCCACUCGAACAUUUGCCAUUCAAACAGCCAAAAGAGCACACACGAUAGACGUCGAAACCACCAAAGAUCAUGCGAUGCAUUCCAGCAGCAGCAAAUCAACCGCCACGCCACAAUCGCUGUUUGACACCCUGGAAGAAUGCAAGAGCACCGGCAAUUUGAAGGGAGCCAUUAAAGCUGUCCAGCACGCUCAAGAAAAGGGAUUAGCUACACCCAAACUCUACCUCGCUCUCGUCGACAUGUUGCGAGACUCACCUUUUGACGUUCACGAAUGUGCCACAGUGGCUCAUUGGUUUUACUCGCCCGACUCCAAAUUGCCUUUAGAUGUUUUAGAAGACAUCAACAUUUGGAAGAGUGUGUUGAAGCUUGGCUUUCGAUUUGGGUCCACCUAUAGAUCAGAGGAUUUGCGUGCUCUUUUGGAUAGAUUCACAGAAAUUUUCGAUUUGACAACCAUGAACGAUCAAACAGCUUGGGAAUUGCUGAUGAGAGCUUACGGUAUCAUGAACAAGAAAGACGCUAUUUCCGCAUGUAUCAAAAAGAACGAAGGUAAUCAAGUGGACCAGGCAUCUUUUUAUUCCACUGCCCUGUUAUCUUACGCAGCUACCAACUCGAACGACAAGGUGGAGAAGUUAGUCGACAUGCUGCAACAAAAAGACAGCCUGUCUCGCCGCACGCUGUUGAAGCUGAUUCGUUGUUAUGGAUUCAAGGGAGACAUUGAGCAUGCUACUCAAUACACAGAUAUGUGCAACAAGCUCUAUCCCGAUCAAAAGUGCGACAAAACCAUGCUACUGAUUGCACACAAAAUCGCCUUGCAAAAGAUGUGUGAAAAAUUGGCUGAAGUGCGUGGUGCUCGUGGAUUGAGCUUGAAGCCUACCAACUCGACUCAAUUGGAUCAAUUGCACUCAUCUUGGGAGAAUUUGACCAAGGACAUGUUUGCUACCAGCAACAACACACCUGUAGACAUCACUGAUUGCAACGUCGUCUUGGAAUACCUGACCACGGCCAACAGAAUUGACCCUGUUGGGUUCCCCAUGGAGAAGGCUGAAGAGAUCUUUGAAUCGUACAUGCCUGCAAACUACAUCACACCCAACGAUGCCAGUCAUCGCAUCAUGUUGGUGGGCUAUGCCACAUCUCAGCAGUACAACGAUCAUCACCGCAAUAUCCGACUCGACAAGGCCCUGGAGAUGGUAUCCAAAAUGCAAGUAGCUGGACUCGACACAUUGAACCAUCCUACAUUCCACUCACUCUUCCGUGCCUGUCUUCCUCACCGCGAUGGCCACUACUAUUUUGACAACUUCAGACUGAAUUCACUGCUACCUGCUCGUCCAUACACCCAUAACCGAUUCAAGCUGGAUCCUCGUUUAUUCGAGAUUGAAAAGAUCAUGUUGGAAGCCAAGUUGCCUCACGACCGCUUUACCUUUACCACUUUGAUGACAUGCUUGGCCAGUGGAGGACAGUACAAGGCCUUGCGCACACGUUGGAGAUCACUCAAGGUGCACGGUCUUCGUCGUGAUGUUGGCAUGUACAGACUCACUUAUGCCCUGGCUUCUUUAAACCCCACACAAGCUAAACGUGCUAUUGUGGUGGUCAGAAACGAAAUGAAUAGAGAGAUCCCCAAGGAACGCAUGGAUUGGGACACAUAUACAGCUAUGCUUGAUUGUUGCGCAACAGCUCAGAUGCCAUUUGAAGCCAAGGAUAUCAUCAAAGAAAUGCGCCAUACCACAGAACUCGUCCAUCGCAACAAGACACAUGCAGACGACCUUGCCAAAUGGCCCUACACAGAUGAGCCCGACUUUUACCUUCCUAUGCUGAGAACAGCCAUCACGGUGCCUGGAUUAGAUGCUAAUCAGCUAUUAAAGGAAAUGGACAAGAAGGACAUCAAAUACAGCCAAGGCGUAUGGGAGGCCGUCCUCUCCAAACUAGCUAUUGAAGGAGACGAGCAGGGUAUCCGACGAUUGUUCAAUAAGUAUACCAUGACACGAUUCGAGAAUGAAGGCAAGAUUCCUGUUCCCAUUCGAGAGUCUACGCCUGUCGUCCCUUUCCCCACUGCACCCUACAACCAAUUGGACAUGAAGUUCAUCGAUGUGUACAUCUGCUCCCUACUAGACUCGCAGGAUGUUUCGCUCGUGUUUGAUGUCUUGCGCACAUUGAGCAACCAGACAGAUGACAUUGGCAUCUCCCGUCAAACAUUGCAAGGCGUUGUGAAAUUGGCAAAGCAAGAAAAGUCCACAGACGAACUGAAAUGGCUCAGAGACGAGCUUUUACCAAAAGUGACACAUCAGAACAAGUUUUUGAGAGUCUUGAAGAAGGGCAUAGACAAUGUAAUUAAUUAA